AUGUCUUACAUGCUUCAGCACUUGCACAAUGGCUGGCAGGUCGACCAGGCCAUUCUGUCAGAGGAAGACAGAGUGGUAGUUAUACGUUUCGGCCACGAUUGGGACCCCACUUGUAUGGUGAUGGAUGAGACCCUGUACAAAUGUGCAGAUAAGAUGAAGAAUUUUGCUGUUUGCUAUCUUGUGGAUAUUACAGAGGUUCCAGACUUUAACAAGAUGUAUGAAUUGUACGACCCGUGCACAAUUAUGUUUUUCUAUCGCAACAAACACAUCAUGAUUGAUUUGGGAACAGGUAACAACAACAAGAUCAACUGGUCAAUGGAGGAUGUGCAGGAGUUUAUAGACAUUGUGGAAACAGUUUACAGAGGAGCCAGGAAAGGCAGAGGUCUCGUAGUGUCGCCCAAGGAUUAUUCGACAAAAUAUCGAUAUUAA